AUGGCAACUUUCGCUAUACCUCGUGGCGAACCUUUAGUUCCAAAGGAAGAUUGUUCUCCUUUUGACAUAGGGUUCGUUUAUUCUACAAUUUCCAAGGCUUCUCCGGCAGAGAAGUUUCGCUUCAUCAACAAUGUUUGGAAGCCUUCUUUGAAUUAUAGUUUUCCUGCAUCGGUUGAAGCCGCAGGAAAGCUACGAAAGUGUAGACACGAGUGGUUAGUUCGAUUCACAUGGCUUGUGUAUUCAAGGUAUCUCGAUGGCAUCUUCUGUCUUCCAUGCUGUUGUUUUGGAAUACAAUAUGGCAAAAACGCAGCGAGGCUACAGAAGCUUUUCCGAUCGCCGCUUACUUUCUGGACAACGGCUGUAACGCGACUCCAAAAUCACUCAUCCGGCAAGUGUGAAACACACAGCUUCUCUGUGGUGGCCAUGGCAAACUUCAUGGAUGUGAUGACGAGACGCACUGUGGCGAUUGACGAGCAGUUAAACCAGAUUACUUUUCGGCAGAUCCAACCGAAUCGUGAAAAGAUGAGGUCUAUUAUUAAGACCGUAGUGUUUUGUGGUCAGAAUGCAGUGGCUUUACGUGGUGCAAGAGAUGACAAUCCUGACGACGAAACUCUUCAGGGCAAUUUCCAUGCUUUGUUGGCUUUUCGUGUUGAUAGUGGAGACAAGACGCUGCAAGAACACUUUGAGAAUGCCCCUCGAAAUGCUACCUACCGUUCAAAAACAAUCCAGAACGAGAUUAUUAACACUGUUGGCAGUUACAUUACUUCAAAAAUAUCUGCAGAAAUUAAAGAAAGCAAGCUGUUUUCAGUGUUGGCAGACGAGGCAGCUGAUAUAUCCAACAAAGAGCAGCUUUCUUUAGUCCUACGAUUUGUCGAUUCAAGUCAGCAGAUUCGAGAGGAGUUUGUUGGUUUCUACCAUUGUGAAGAUGGAACCAGUGGAGUGGCAUUGAAAGAGAUGAUUCUGAAGGCUGUAGCUGACCUUGGUUUACCAAUGGCUAACUGCAGAGGUCAAUCCUAUGAUGGUGCUGGCAAUAUGGCGGGAAAGUACAAUGGUGUUUCGUCACUUAUCCAAGGUCAGUUUAGCAAAGCUUUAUAUGUUCAUUGCAUGAACCACUGCCUCAAUCUCUGUGUUGCCGAUACUUGCUCUGAAUAUUUAGUUAAAGACAUGAUGUCUGUUGUAAGGAGUCUUUCCUCUUUCUUCUCUGGCUCUCCUAAACGGCAACAUCAUUUAAAAGAGAAGGUUAAGUCUUUAUUGCCUGCUUCCAAGCAUGAAGUUUUAAUUAAUGUUUGUGAGACCAGGUGGAUUGCUCGCCUUGAUGGCUUGGAUAGAAUUGUUGAGCUCCUUCUCCCAGUUGUAUGUACGAUAGAAGAUAUUGCACACAAUAGGAAAGGGGAGGACGAAGAAUCUGAUUCUGGUGAUUGGAAUCAAAAUAGCAAAGCAGCUGCUAAAAAGAUGCUGCCCUCUAUAACUUUUCAAUUUGUUGUUACUUUGGUCAUAGUUAGAUAUAUAUUAGACUUAACUAGACCUGCAACUGUAAAGCUGCAAAGAAAAGAAAUGGACCUUUGAAGGCUCAUUCAGAAAUUUCAUCUUUGAAGAAAAAUCUUCAAGACUUGAGGUCCAACAUUGAUAGAGAACACCAUAAACUCUAUCAGGAGGCAGUGGAACUUGCAGCUACAAUUGGGCUUGACCCCUGUAAGCCUAGAAUUAUUCCAGUGCAAGCACAUAGAAAUAAUAAUCCAUCAGAUUCUAUUGAAGGGCAUUAUAGAGUUAAUCUUUCUGUUGUUUUUCUUGAUCAUGCUUUAAAUCAACUUGAAACUAGGUUCCCUCCUGAAGCCUAUACAUGUUACAGUGGGUUUUCUAUAGUUCCCACUGUUAUGUUGGCAAACCCAUCCACAUGGAAAAAUUCUGUUACACUAUUUUGCCAACAUUAUUCUAGUGACAUCCCAAAUGUCAUUGGUUUGCCUGCCGAAUUAACUUUAUGGCAAAGAAGAUGGAAAGAUAAGGUUGAGGAAGUUGGUAUAGACAAACUUCCUGACAGGGUAUCCAAAACACUAAUAUCUGUAGACCCUGUAGCUUUUCCAAAUAUUUUUACUGUAUUAAAGAUAUUGGCAACUAUUCCUGUCACCUCCUGUAGCUGUGAAAGGUCAAUUUCAUCUCUCAGACUUCUUAAGAACUAUUUAAGGAACACUACAGGCCAGGAAAGACUAAAUGGUUUGACCCUAAUGCAUGCACAUAAGGCAAUUUCUCUGGAUUAUGAACAGAUCAUUGAUCUGUUUGCUACCCUUCAUCCAAGAAGAAUGAGAAUGGUGCAUAUUUUAUGUAGUGAUGACUAA